UAUAUAAAUCAAAGAGCUAGUCAAUACAGAUAUACUAAACUAACCGACCGACGGCGUUACAUACGCCGUGAUUUUGCAUGGCCGGCCUUAGGUCACUAGGGUGUAGGCCCCACACUUUCAUAGGACCCGCGCUAAUUCUAGGUGUGAAUUAUUAAAUUAAACCAUUUUAUAACUUAUUUUAAAACAGAUUUCCCGCGGCCUUCUGAUUUAUUAGGAGCUCCUAAAAAUCUCCUAAAAUUGCUAAAUAUAAAAAAAAAGUCCUGGAAAUUAUUAAAAUCUUUUGAAAACUCAUAAAAAUCUCCUGAAAUAUAUAGACAAAAAAUUGUAAUUUUGGAGUGUCAUUCAAUAUGGAAAACGCCAAUCCUAGGCGCGAUAUAAAAAAACGGCAUUAUGCAAUACCCGUAAUUGUGGAAUUUGGUGGAAGAAGGUACUCAGAAAAAUGGCAGUAGACACAUUAAAGACCUAAUGCUAUGUACCGUUACACAAACGGGUCGGUUCUGAAUGACCCCAUGAGAGCCAGGUAUUGGGCUGCCCAGACCCCGAACCAGACAAGCUGUCAGGCACAUGCGGCCUCGCCGCAUGUAGUUUUAAUGCUGAAUAAAUGGCGAUAACAAUUACACUCAAUCACGUACUCCAAAAACUGCGUGAAAACAGAACAGUUGCAACUACCGUUGUAAUGGUCACUGAUUCCCAGUCCAGCCUCCAAGCCAUGGAGUUGUCACGUAUAUGCAGCGGGUUCCCUCGCAUUACCGCUGGAGGGAUAAUGCCAUGGCUGAUGAUCUAGUGAGAGAAGGAGCGCUGGCCGUGUCGGAACAAUCGAUAAUAGCGCAGUUUCGUUCGGGAUAAUGCCCCAUUGGUGCAUACUUUGCCCGGUUCCGGCCCAAUAUUGAUGCCCGUUGCCGACAAUGCGGGGAGUUAAGUGGUGCACGUCCUUGCAAGAGUGUCCCGCAGCUCCGCGAGCAGAGUUCCUUACCAGAGCACUAUGAAAGACCUAGGUCUUCCUGCCUUGUCACUAAUCGGAGUUCAUCUCAGAUGAAUGAAGCUUCUCGCGUCUCAAACUAAUGAAGAAUUACUUGAGGUCAACAAUUCUCGAAGAUAGAUUGAAACAUUUGAUAAUUCUUGUUAUUGAGCGUGAUCUAUGUAGGAAAUAGAAUUUUUAUGAUAUACCGUAUGACUUCGCUACACGCAAGGCUCGUAAAGUAAUUGUGUACUUAGUAAAGAAUGAAUAAAAUGCAAAGACGAAUUUUACUUUCUAAUACAAACUCUUAAUUUUUACUUAUUAUCCGUAUCCCUGCCCAAAUUUGGCGCCGCGAAGUCCGUUUCGCAUAGGGCCACACAACGGUUAAGCCCGGCCAUGCUAUUUAGUGACUGGUGAAUACAUAGUAGAUUACUUGUUCUCUCCCUCCCCUCUUCUUUUUUUUUUUUGCUGCUAAAGUUACGUGGGGUAACUCUAGUCCGACUUGCAGAAAUAAAAGUGUAAUCUUUUCAUGACUUCUUGGUCACAACGGUUAAGUCCGACCCUGCAAUUUAGUGACGGGUGAAUACUACUUUUUCUCCACCCCUUUUUUAUCCGCGCUAAAGUUACGUGGGGUAACUCUAGUCCGACUUGCAGAAAUAAAAGAGUGAUCUUUCUUUUACUUCUUCUUGUCCAAACUGUUGAGCCAUGAAGAGAAUUAUAUAUAUUGUAAUGACCAUGUUCUGUAGUGACUCUAUGGUUGCGCACCAGCGCACGAGGAUGGACUAAAUGAACGGGGAGAGAGGAAAAGGAAGUGCGAGAAGAUUGAGAUUGGAACGGUUCUUGUUUUUGGUGAUCUAUGUUGAUUAAACUUUGUAUUAUCUUUGUUCCCAUACCUCGUUGAGUUGCCUCCUUUAAAUGUUGUAACAUUGGUGUCAGAAGUGGGAUUAUAGGCGACUCAACGAACGGGAGGUAAGUUAGUAAUGGCUUCCCCUAUUAUGAAACAACUAGACCAACUCUUGAUUAAAGAACUAAAACAAGAGCUUCGGUAUCGAGGUCUAAAGCUUGGUGGUAGCAAGGAGACACUUACAGCUCGUCUCCGGCAGGCCCUGAUUGAGGAAGAAGAAGACCCGGACAGUUAUCAAUUCGAAGUAGGGCCAGAUAUAACUGAACUCCUAGGUAAGAUGCAGGAAAAGAUGGAACUCCUAGGUAAGAUGCAGGAAAAAAUGGAUACACUUGAUAUAGGGAUUAGAACCAUGCAGGACAAAAUAGACACACUCGAUUCAGUGAUCAGGACUGAAUUUGGUAUCGGUUAACCAGAAAAUAACCACGAUAGAGGUCACGAUGAAUCAGAGAGUCGAUGUGGUAGAAAAAGACAUAGAAGAACUGAAAGUUCAAGUUAGAGAAGGGCUCAGCAAGGCGCCGGUGAGUAAUACAGGAUCAAUGUUACCCGAAGGGCUUGUAAAGAUGAAUACAGGAUCAAUGUUACCCGAAGGGCUUGUAAAGAUGAAACCCCCUGUGUUUGAUGGGUCCGUCUCCUGGUCAGUCUACAGAAGACAGUUUGAGGCAGCUGCUAAGGUCAACAAAUGGGGCAGCGAGGAGGAAAAAGCGACCGCUCUAGUACUGGCCCUUAGAGGAAAGGCUUCCGAAGUACUCCAAUCCAUUCCAAACCAGCAGGAUUAUGCUGCUCUCGUCCAGGCUAUAGAGCUUCGAUACGGGGACGAGCACUUACAGGAAGUUUAUAGGGUCCAGCUGAAGACCAGACAACAGCGGGUCAGUGAAACCCUACAAGAGCUAAAGACGGACAUUGAACGACUUGCCCAUCUGGCAUACCCCACAGCAGCACAGGAGUUCCUCGAAGUAAUCGUCACUGAUGCCUUCAUCGAUGCCGUUCGAGAUCCAGAGCUAAAAAAGGUUAUUAGAGUUAGUGGCGAGCGUAAGGCCAGCGAAGCCCUUGUGUACGCUCUGUCCUAUGAAGCCGCUAAGAACGUAUCCAUCAACAGUCAUCAUGGUCGGAGACUGGAAGUUCAGGAAAAAGAUUUAACACAAGUACUCAGACGGAUGACGGAGGUUCUUGAAGAGUACAAGCCAAGCCGGUCACAGGGAGCUCAUCGUGCGACCAGGGUCCGUUGCUGGAACUGUGGUGAAUCUGGGCAUAUACAAAGGAUGUGUAGAAGAACACCUAAUCAGCAAGAAGCGAUUCAGCACAGAUCAGAAAGGGGUGCAUGGCCUGGAGCCAAUGGCUAUCAGGAAAACUAACAUUCGUCGGCUUCAAGGGGCAGAAACCGGCGAUCCAGGAAAUGGGAGCCCCUGUCAAUGUCACUCCAAUAGCUGUGCUGGGACAGAGUAGGAGUCUUAUGGUAGAAGGAAGGAUUGGAAUUCGGAAGUAUCGGUUCCUCAUAGACACUGGUGCUUCACGUUCAGUCAUUCGGCCAAAUGUCGCAAACAGCAAUAAUACUACAAAUGUGAGCCUUUUCUCCCUGAAUACAGCCAGUGGAGAACUGAUGCCCAUAAAAGGACUGGCGGACUUAGAAUUUGAGCUCGGGUGUCAGUCAUUCGGGCAUGAAUUUUUGAUAGCAAACAUAACUGAUGAUUGCAUUUUAGGUCUAGAUUUUCUACAGAAAUUUGGAUUUUCCAUUAACAUUAGCGGAGGAACUUUGUUGUAUGGAAAUGUGGAGAUUCCUUUGUUAGAUGAUAGUGAAGAAGGAAACAAUCGAAUGAUGAAAAUACUAUUGACGGAGGAUACAAAUCUGCCUGCACAGUCCGAAUCAAUUAUUUGGGGAAAGUUAGAGAACGGACAUGAAAAGUCGGGAACGGCGCUAAUCGAAGGAACGGAAGACAAUUACGACGGAGUGGCUGUAGGGAAAACGCUGGUCAUGAUCGGUAAAGAUCAUCAGAGAGUACCUGUCAGAAUCAUGAACCUUGGUUUGAGUGAGAAGCAUCUACGAAGGGAUAGUUACAUUGCUAAAUGCCACACAAUUGACCUAAUUAAGAAUUGCAACAUUAACAACGUUUCUUUUACGCCCACUGAAUCGGUCAACCCUCAAAUUACCAGGCUUUUGACAGAAACCAAGGCGAACCUAUCUGAAGAGCAGUAUAGCAAAGCCAAAGAGUUGAUAAUGAAAUUUGCAGACAUCUUUCCAUCUGAUGAGUCAGAAUGCGGAAGAACAGACAUGGUACAACAUAGGAUCGAUACUGGAAUAAAUAGACCGAUUCGGCAGCCACCACGCCGCCUUCCUCUCGCAAAACAACAGGAGGCUACAGACCUGAUAGAACAAAUGAGACAGCAAGGGAUCAUAGAGCCCUCUAAUGGCCCUUGGUGUUCACCAAUCGUCCUAGUAAAAAAAAGAUGGAUCCAUGCGAUUUUGUGUAGACUACAGAGCACUUAAUGAAGUCACGCAUAAAGAUAGCUAUCCACUCCCAAGAAUAGACGAUACCUUGGAUACGCUUGCUGGAUCACAGAUUUUUUCUACUCUUGAUCUAAAGAGUGGAUACUGGCAGGUGGGAAUGCAUCCUGAGGAUAAAGAGAAAACGGCUUUCUCUGCUGGCAACGGUCUUUGGCAGUUGACUGUGAUGCCUUUUGGUCUCUGUAAUGCUCCCGCCACUUUUGAAAGAUUGAUGGAGCGCGUUUUACAGGGACUUCAUUGGAACACGUGUCUUGUAUACCUGGAUGACAUUAUAGUCACUGGUAGGAUGUUUGAAGAGAAUCUGGCAAAUCUACAUGAAGUUUUUGGACGGAUCAGGAAUGCGGGUAUGAAAAUCAAUCCAAAGAAGUGCUCGUUUUUCAGGAAGAGUGUCAAAUAUCUUGGCCACAUAGUAUCAGGGGACGGCAUCAGCACUGAUCCUGAAAAGACUGAGGCAGUAAAACGUUGGCCUACACCAUCCAAUAUUCGAGAACUAAGAAGUUUUUUAGGACUCUGUACGUACUAUAGACGGUUUGUGCCAAAUUUCUCCAAUAUAUGUGCACCCCUUCAUCGAUUGACAGAACAAAAGAGGUCAUUCAACUGGACUCAGGAGUGUCAAGAGUCCUUUGAAAUGUUAAAAGACACACUUGUCUAAUCCUCCAUACUUGCCUAUCCGAUACCAGGCAUGACGUUCAUUUUGGAUACGGAUGCAAGCAAUAUCGGAAUAGGCGCCGUCCUUUCCCAAAAGAUUGAUGGAACGGAACGAGUCAUCGCUUACUUCAGUCGAAGUUUGUCAAAGGCUGAAAGGAACUACUGUGUCACAAGACGUGAACUCCUGGCUGUCGUCGAUGCAAUAAAACAUUUUCAUAAGUACCUUUAUGGGCAGAAAUUUAUUUUAAGGACAGAUCACGCAGCAAUACAAUGACUUCUUUCUUCUAAGUGUCAGGUCGCUAGGUGGAUCGAACGUCUGCAAACCUAUGAAUUUGAAAUUCACCAUCGAAAAGGACUAAUUCACCAGAAUGCUGAUGCGCUAUCUCGACGACCUUGCAAAACAGAAUGCAAACAUUGUAAGAAAGCUGAGGAAAAGGAAGAGAUAAUCGAUUGUCAACGUUUGGACCUGAAUGUUUUAGGACCUUGGUCUGAUGAGAAUAUCCGAGAGGAUCAGCUGAAAGAUGAGGAUCUGGCAAUCGUUCUUGUUUGGAAGGAGAAGGGACAACGGCCAGAUUGGCAACACAUUGCUGAAAAAGGGGCUGCCAUGAAGGCGUACUGGGCACAAUGGGACUCAAUGGUAGUGGAAAACGGUGUUCUUAAGCGAAUGUGGGAAUCUACUGAUGGGACAUCAACACGAUUACAAAUAGUUCUCCCAAAAGUUAGAAUCCAAGAAGUACAAUGCACAAUGGUUCCACGGGUGGUCACUUGGGUAUUAACAAGACGUUGGAGAAAGUGAGACAAAGGUUUUAUUGGUGUCAGUACAAGGAAGACGUAGAGGAUUGGUGCAGAAGAUGUGAUCGAUGUGCAGCAACCAAAGGCCCGCAACGUCGGACAAGGGGACCCCUACAACAGUACAACGUGGGUGUUCCAUUCGAAAGAAUCGCACUGGAUAUAGCUGGCCCGUUUCCUGAGACACUAAAAGGCAACAGAUAUAUUCUAGUAAUAAUGGACUAUUUUAGUAAAUGGCCUGAGGCUUUCGCGAUACCAAACCAAGAAACCACAACAAUAGUAGAUGUUUUAGUGGAACACUGGAUUAGCCGCUUUGGUGUACCUAUGGAACUACAUUCAGAUCAAGGACGCAUCUUUGAAUCCAAGCUAUUCCAGGAGAUUUGCAAAAUCUUAAAAAUUGAAAAGACUCGAACAACGCCACUUCGCCCUCAGUCAGACGGGAUGGUGGAACGCUUUAAUCGCACAUUGAUACAACACUUGGCUAAGAUGACAGUAGAACAGCAAAACGAUUGGGAUGACUACAUUCCUCUAUUCCUCAUGUCUUAUAGAGGAGCCAUUCAUGCAACCACUGGUUAUACGCCAGCCAAAUUAUUAUUUGGUCGGGAACUUCGGCUGCCAGCAGACCUUUUAUUCGGGUUGCCAGGAGAAAAACAAACGACAGCUAGCGAAUACGUAACAGAACUUAGGGGGAGACUUGAGAGGGUUCAUGCACUUGCACGGAGUAGGAUAAAAGACAGUUGCGACCUCAUGAAGACCAGAUAUGAUAGAAGAGCCAAUUCUACGGGGUUUGUAGAGCAUGAUCUCGUUUGGCUGUACAACCCAAAGAGAAGGAAGGGAAGAUCGCCUAAAUUACAAAAGGAUUGGGAAGGUCCGUAUCGGAUUGUGAAGAGAAUCAACGACGUGGUAUACCGUAUCCAGAGGGGUCCUCGAACUAAAUGCAAGGUGGUACACGUCGAUCGGUUGUAUCGGUAUUGUGGAGAGGAGAGAGGAACAGAGUCAGUUCGGGACGAACAGACAUAAGAAGGGGGAAGUGUAAUGACCAUGUUCUGUAGUGACUCUAUGGUUGCGCACCAGCGCACGAGGAUGGACUAAAUGAACGGGGAGAGAGGAAGAGGAAGUGCGAGAAGAUUGAGAUUGGAACGGUUCUUGUUUUUGGUGAUCUAUGUUGAUUAAACUUUGUAUUAUCUUUGUU